AUGGGCAUGGCCACGCCUGGCCCGCAGGCUCCUAAUGGUCAUCACCUAAAUUGUACCUUCACCGUGCACAUCACCGAGGUCUGCCAACUCGACACUACCCCCGACCUCCGUACCUCAGCUCGCCUCAACACGAUUCUCUCGCCAUGGGGGAACGGUAUCACUAACUACACGGAGGGGCUUGACAUCGACGAAAGGCCGCUCACCAUCUACGCGAGCAAUUCCAGAGAGAGUAUUACCGGUAGACUCGAGAUUGAACGUCCCAACAACACGCAAGUCGAGUUCCAGUGGACAUACGGGCCUUCUGGAGGGCGUCCCGUCACAGAGAGAUGGAGCGAGAACAAGGAAGGGACGGAUGGCCGAUACGGCUGCAUCGUGCAGCAGGAUUGGAACUUACCCGCGGCGAGAUGUACAGAGAUCAAUCCUAACGGUGCACAGGACAAGAUCUCGAUUGCGUACACAAUGCUUUACAACCUCCUCAUUCUCCUCGUGUUCGCCGCAACGGCUGCCGCAGUACCUGGCGCCCUCGUCACCCGAGAUGCUCGGAACUGCACUUUCACCACUCACAUCACGGAAAAAUGCACCUUCCGCCCCACCACCACCAAGAUCACCGUUGCCAAGGUCUCUAACCUGCUCACCCCAUCGAUGUCCGCUGUACCCGUUCCCAACGACGAGCGCAUCAUCUCAGCCGACCCACUCGCCAUCCAUAUCACCAGCCGCAACGAGUUGAUUGACGGCGAUCUCUUCGUCGACCGUCUCGCUGUUGAUGGACCCAACGGCGGUGGCAACGGCAAGGUGCACUUCGGCUGGGCCUGGAAGAAUCCGAUCACGCAUCUUCCAGAGACUGUAACUUGGAAUGAGGACGACGAUGGGGAGACAACGAGGUACGGGUGCAGGUAUGAUCAGCGGUGGUCGAAGAACGAGAUACGCUGCGACAAGACCGGCCCUGAGGUCGAGAGGGACAUGGUCUUGAGCUGCUUCUUCAAGUGCCGGAACUGA